AAGUAACACAGCUACAACAUAGGUCCACAAAGCUGGUUAAGACCACCACGUCAUGGAGAACAUAACACAUGUGAUGAGCAAAUCGCCCUAUGGCCAAAAAAUGGAAUUCGGCACAAAUAACUGGGGUGUUGUGGAAGACACCAACUUGGCUGGAGGAAUUCUUCUGUCCACCUCUCUGCUGGGCCUGGCUACCUAUAUCGGUGCCUUCUGGGACCAAAGCAGUGCACUCAGUCUUUUUAAGAGAAGCUUCAUCAUGUCCUUCUCGUGUGACCAUGGGAACCUGAAAGGUGUUCAGAACACCCAUGUCUCUCUUUUUGCUCUGAUUUUCAUCGAUGUUCUAAAUGUGGUCGGAGCAAUGACCUACGGAAGUCACCUGGUUGCAGCUAACUGUCCUGGAAACACAUGUUUGUACACCGAAAACCUGUGGAUGUUUUCAAGACGGUAUUUAGUGAUGAUACAUCUCCUGACAGCCCUCAUUUCAGUCCUUUAUCUCUGCCACCAAAACCUGGGUUCCAAACUACGUUGUGUUUUCUCUGUGGUGUCUUUAUUGAUUUGUGUUUUAUACUAUAGUUCUGUGCUCUACACCAUUGAAGUACUAUACAUGCAAGAAGUUCUCACCUGCGGACUGGCUUUGGCCAUAAUUGCAAAAUCUAAACCCACAGGGAGGAAAAAAGACAAGCUACGAAUUGCAACUGUUGCAUUGUUCACCUUCUUAGUUGUCUACCUUCCGGUUUUUGUUCUUGAUUACAUGAUCUAUAGUCAGACCAUCUCUGGGCAGCCAAUAGAAGACUAUUUUGUAAUUUAUGUAAAUGUGUAUUAUUUCACAAACUUUCAAGUCUGUCUCGAUGGACUCUUGUGCUAUUCAAUUCUGAAGAUGUCUGCAGCAGAAGAAGACAGAGAGCAACCACCACAACAAUGGGAGCUACAAGAACAAGGGCUGCAGCAACCACCACAACAACAGCAGCAACAAUCACCUCAACCAUCACAACCAUGGCAGCAACAAACACCUCAACCAUCACAACCAUGGCAGCAACAAACACCACAACCAUGCAAAUAA